AAAAAACUUGCAGCAACUGCUUUCAGCAGACACUUGGUUUGUUUAAAGAAUUGUUUAGUUACAGCUGAGAGAUAUGGCCUCGAAGAACAGGUAAAGUAUGUUUAAUUAUACCGCUUGAGUGUGAGAGCAAUCUUACUUUGAUGAUGACAUGUGGAACUGAUAUGUGCGAUCCACAAUCGCUUCGUUUGGUCAUGAUAAUAGUCUUGUAAAGGUAUAUCACUUCACAAAUUUCCCGGAGCUGCAAAACUAUUUUGAAUGGGACACUCUCAUUCAUAGAGACUGCUUGUAGAAGCCUUGAAUAAAUUUUGAAAUCGAAAUUGGCAAACUGUUAAGCAAAUAUGCAUUACGUAAUUACUUUAAACUAGCAGGAUCUGUGAUCAUUUCUGGUUUCGAAUAAUCAUAAAAUAAGAACGUUGGGUUUAGAACUGAUGUUAGACCUCUAUUUCAGCCAUUUCUGUUUGAUUAGAUAAAACUGUGUGUACCUUUCGAUGUUUGUUGUUAAUCAUUCAAUUAAACAAAACGCUUGGCAAACAGGCUUGUCAACCAACUGAUUAGACACCAAAGCAUGAGUGUUUAGUCACGGACUAGUAACAGAGGCUGUCGUUUAAACAUCGAGAAAUAAACUGGCACGUUGGUAAGCCUUACUGAGUCUAGAUGAAAGUACAAAGGUUCAUCGAAAAAACCCGGCUCCCCUUGAAUUUCACACUUACUCUACACUCUAUUACGUUCGGUUGCGUACUUCAAAAGGUUGACUAAAGGAAAUCUGACGUUUACCAGAGGUUUGUAAUAUGUUUAAGCAAAGCCUUUCAGCUGUUUGCACAAUAGUCUGGACCGCUGGCUAAUUGCUUCGGCUCUGAGCAGAGAUUGCACGCUUAUCUUUUUUUACUUCGAUACCCUAUCGAGGAAGCAAAAUCACAUCAAUUUAUCUUCUUCUUUGGCAGCAAAAGGGGCUGAAAAACUAUUUACUGGUUGUUAGCGACGCCCUCCCAAGUACAUGAUGAAGCUCAUGCUUUUCUUGAAAGUUCUCAUGGAGCUGGAGGAAUCUAGACUCGCGUCAAACGCAAAAGCUUACUUUUUUUUUGCCUCGAGAAACGUAAUAUUGAGCUUGAUAUACGCAUCGACAACUUGGAAUAAUAUAACCAGCAAACCAUAAAAUUAACAUUGUGCUUAACAUUUCAACCAUAGUUGACCUCAUGCACCGCUUAGCUCUUGGAUUAGCUUUCCUUUCGCUGGACUUUCGUUGAACUUUUUAUAAAAUUUGUUCUGACUCUGAGGAAACAAAUCUUUUCUUUUCAUUAUCCGAUGAGUUUUGGCUAACCUUCAUGAAUUAAUGCAAUUUAAAAUCAUUUACGUUAUCUCUCAUAUCCAGAAAGACAAGAGAUAUUCCUGCAAUAGAGGGCUCCCUUCUUGAAAAGCACAUUAACUCUCCCUCUUCCUAAAGAAUUGUGGGAUCCUGGGCCCACAUUGGUUUAAUUGAAAUAUCUCGAGAAAAAAAGGUGUUGUUUACCUGUAAAGCGGAAGGCUCAUUCAAUCGCCAUUAAUUUGAUUUUAUACAAAACUAGAUCAGAUCUUUUCUUUUUAGUUUUAUCAUACGACACCUUCUUUUUUUUGGGAGUGGGGAGGCACAUUUAUAACUGAAAAAAAAUUUUCCUGAUCACUUUUUACCGCCUUCAAAGACCUUACCAUCUAAUUCUAUUUUUCUCUAAUUUUUCGUUAUUGUUGACGGGAAUUUCUGAAUGCAUGACGUCAUAAGGCAAAUUACUUGAAUUCACCUGUUACCAAGUUUGUUCAGAUCAAAACGCUUCCUUUUACGGAAUUGCGCAACAAGCACUUAUUUUAAAUGAACGCAGAUUUUAUUUUGUUGUUUUCCUUUUUUUUUUCGUUUUACACCUUGCUUCAAAUGACCGUGGAUUUUUUUGUCUUUCCUUUUUGUAAUUUUUACGACUUUAAAAGAAAUAAUGAUUCAUACAGAACAUAUUGUGGCAAAGUUACAAUUAAAAUUGGCUGCUUUUGAUGCAUAUGGUUAUCAAAGAUUAUUACAUCGAGAGAAAACAUUUACAACUGCAUUACGUAAAAUUGGCUACACGCUCAAGCUUGAUUUACUUCUGAUUAUAAAAUCCUAGCUACACUUAUAAUGAAGACAGGAAAUGGGACCCGCGAAAUUGACUAAAACUGGACACAAACAUAGUAUAAAAUACAUAUAAGUGAAAGGAAAGUUAUUAUAAUGUGGGCACCUUGGUGGAAUGUUCCUUUUACUACAAUCUUAUUUUAAACUACUAAGUUUUUCCUUUAUUUUGUAGUCUAUUUAUGAUUAAUCUUUCGUCGGACCAAAUUCUAACUGAGUUGAUCUCUCCAUAUCUAGCCGUGAUAACAAGCAGGUUUACGAGGAUCUGAAAGAACAGUUAUCCAAGCUGAGCCGUUCGUUGAAGGUCUUAGAAACUAGGGCACUAAAACAUAACUUCUCGACGAGCGAACUUACUUCAAAAGUAAGUCAAAGCAUUUUCAAGAUACGUGUGAUAUAAUUUGGCUUUAUCAGCUGAGUUUUGUUUUGCUCUGUCUAAGGGUUAGGGCUUGAAACAUCAGCUUUCAAUAAUCUUGUCGUACCACCCACUGAAACAGCAGCACAGUUUCUUGAGAAACUUGACCCCUUUAUUCAAUGUAUUUACACUCUUGAAAUACGUAUUAAUUAGUCCUCCUUUUAUGACAUCUUUAUUUGAUUUAUUCUUAUCUGUAUCCGUUUUUUACGGCGUAUAUGCCCUUAGGUUUUAUACUUUCAGUAUAAAUAUACGACCAAACAUGAAGACAAGUGAUUGAAUGCACUGAUUAAAGCUUACCUUAAAUGUUAUAGGGCCGCAAAACUUCUUCAGUCAAGUUACUGAAAACUGCUAAAGAGAGCGAUGUCCGUCCUCUGAAUAAAAAUGUCCUUGAUGGGCUGGCAAAACUUGUAAGGUAAUAUUUUAUUUCACGAUGAAGUACGUGUUAAACCAUCACGAUUAUGAAAGUAAAUAAAGUGUUUACAGAGAUUUUGUUGAAACUUACAAUGAUUAAGCAUUGACUCUGUUUGGAGGAAGCAUCAAAAUGGCAAAUAGCAAAUAACGAUGCUGAUUAAUAAUACAGUGUCGUAAUAUUUACUUAUGGGCAUGUCUCUCUGUUACAGUGCUCUGGAUACACUCACUGAAAUCCGGAAGCAGAGAAAGUCUAAAGAGUCUAAGAUUCAUGGCGCGGCGGUUGGAAGAAGAAGGAAAUCCAAAAGAUCCAUAAACUUUGAAACAAUAGAGAAUGACAUUACAAAUUACAAGGUAUCAGUUAUCAACUGUUAUUAGCAAUCUUCAUUAUCCAGAUUUCUACUGCGUAGAGGUCUGGAUUGCAAAGGUGAAACGAAAAAAAUUUUUAUUUGAAAUUUGAAUAAAGGGUGGAUAAAAAGUGAAGAAAGGUGCGUGGAUAGGAUCCUUUGGAAAGCUUGUUUAUCAUAAUUAUUUUGAGUUAGACUGGAAUUCUCGUAGUCCUUAUGGUUCUUGAAUGGUGAUUUUCUCGUAAAAACAUUACAGUAGAUCUGUGAAUAGAGCAAGUCCAUCAAUUUUUAUCAUAGAAGAAUAUUGUUUGUGGUUAUUCAAGUUCUAUCAAGUGAUAUUUUUCUUUUUAUAGAUUUUAAUCAGCGAUAUAUCUGCUGAAGCAGAAACAGUUGAUCAGGUGACCAAAUCUGGAAAAAUAAGCCUGGAGGAAGGUAAAAUAACCAAAAGCAAAGAGGAAAAGAUGAGACAGGAAAUUGCAGCAAUAAGCAGUCGGUGGAAUGUACUUUGCAAAGACGCCGUCGACAAGUGCAACAGGUAAAAAGACCCUGGCCGCUAAUCACACAGUCAUGCCAAUUUACUGUUGAUAGUUAAUAUAUCUGAUGUUGGAAUAAUCAUGUCUUUAAAUAACCUUCAUUCGGCACAUCACGCAUAAUGUAUAAUGUUUUAGCUCAUCAAAGAGCCAUCACAAUCAACUCUAAUCUGAAUUUUCUUCAAGGUAUACCGGAGAUCUUUAUCGAAUCCAGAUAUUUUUUUCACUCGACCUCUCACCUCUUUGAGUUUAUGAAAGUAUCCUAAAUGGGGUCAAACACCACCUUUUCUAUUAAUUAUUUCAGCAUCGAAGCGUUCGUUUUGGAAAUGCAAACUGAAUAUUCCAAGUUAGAUUUGUGGAUGAACAAUGCUGAAAUAGCGGAUUCAUCGCUAAUGGAAUAUGACCCAUAUGCAGAUCACCCGGAAAAGUUGGGAACCACGAUUACAGCUGUGAGAUUACAGCUUCAUGAAAACCAGGUUCGCAUCAGUGUAUAUAUAGACAUGAGUGUACACUCGUCACGUUUCAACUUCUAUGGAUGAUACCACAACACUUUGUUUGGGUUUGUUCUGCCAUUUUGUCGUUGUCUUUGCUCCUCUUUUACCCUUUAAAUAAGUAUCCAGCACAUGCCUAAGUUAGGAUUGUUAGGGCCAGAGCCUUUCUAAGACAUCCUAAAUUAGCUAUUUGCACCGGCGGCUUGAAGGUGAGAUUUUGACAACAUUUGAGUUAAAGGUUAAAAGCCAGUUAGCAGACGGAUGAGAAAGAAAAAGAGGAAUAAACAGAAACAACAACAACUACAAGUGUACAGAUUUAGAAUAAUCGAUGGUUGAUGAAAGUGAUUUUCUUGGAAAUCAUGUAAUGCCUCUUCCUGCUUUCGAAUCUUGAAAAUGAUAAUAAUAAUAAUAAUAAUGAUAAUGAUAAUAAAAUAAUAAUAAUAAGUAAUAAUGAUGAUAAUAAGUAAUAAUAAUGAUAAUAAAUAAUAAUAAUGAUAAUAAAUAAUAAUGAUGGUAAUAAAUAAUAAUGAUGAUAAUAAAUAAUAAUAAUGAUAAUAAAUAAUAAUAAUGAUAAUAAAUAAUAACAAUGAUAAUAAAUAAUAAUAAUGAUAAUAAAUAAUAAUAAUGAUAAUUAUAAAACGGGUUUUACUAUACAAAUGUUGGGAACAAUUAAUUGUCUGCAAUGGCCCAAAUCUGAACUUAAUAAGUGCCUUUUUUUUUUCUAUCCAAAGAAAGUCCUAGAGAACUUUAGGAAGUCCAAGCCUAGACUGCAUAACAUGAACGACAUAGCCGCUACACUUAUGAAGAGUGGACGACUCGACGAGGAAGAUACUGACGAAUUGGAACGUGUUAUCAAUGUUAUCGUUGCAAAAUGGGAAUCGAUCGAUAAUCGGCUGAAUGCAAGUCGAGACAGGUGAUAUAUGGAAGGAAUUAGUUUGAGGAUUUGAUAUAAAUGAGUUGUAGCCGUAAACAUAACUGCAUUUAAAAGAUCAUUAACAUCCAAAAUUAUACUGUGAGACAUCUUUAAGAAACUAAGCGAAAGGCAAAAUCUGUCAUUCCUUCUCUUUAUAGGAUUUAUGCUGAGAUCAACAAGUUAAGACAAAGGCUCGUAAAGCAGAGGCAGUCGAUUAUUCGAAGGUUUAGCUCACGGAGAAAUUCAUCGUUUCGAAGGAAAAGAUCCAUGCGGAAAAAACGCGAGGCGCAGCAGAAAAAAGAAGUCGAGACAAAGGUAUUCCUGCAAAUUUGUAAAGCCAUUCCUCUAAAAAACGGUCACUCGCUAUUCACGAAGGAAUGUGAAGGGAAGAAAAGGCGUGAAAUAAGCAUUUCUCUGAAAGAGGAAACUAUUUUCAAUCAUUCUCUUUUGUCGAAGAAAAACUUCGAGGUCAACUUUGGUAGAUGUGUAUCAAAAACUUGCCUAAGUGAAAUUUUAACCAAUUUUUGUUACUAUCUUGCAGGAUCAGGAUGCUAAUGAAAGAAAAAUUGAUAUCUCUAUGAAGGAAACUGUUACCAAACGAACAUCACUGGAUUUGACUGUUUCAUCAGACCAGGUAAGCAUUGUUAGAUUGUUGGUUUUAUCUAAGAACUGAAGAGAAAAACGCUCCAAAACGGAAGCCAUCUUUUCACCACACUCCCAUUAGUAACUGGAAUUUAACUUCUCGUAGCAUUGUCAGUACAUUAUUUAACGUUUAAAUGAAAAAAUGUAGGUCUGUAAGGAAGAAUCACAGAUAUAUAAGAUAAUGGAGGUAUAAGGGCCAAGCAAACUUUUAAAUUGGCUAUAGAUCUGCAUCAGUGUCAGUGUACAGGGUAACAGAUUUUUCGGAGUAAUAUUCUUCGCAAUGAUCUCUUCGCCAAGUAAAACUAAGGAAAUAAGUCAAUAAUAACUUCUACCUCGACUAGAAGACCAAAAAUAAGCAAUUUCUAAAGUGUAAUUCAUACAGAACUCUCCCAAUCAAUUCUGUCAUCAUUUUAUUUAUGCAUCAGAAUUCAAAAGUUGAUGAAAGGAUCCGUGUUUUAUCCAAGAAAGAGAUUGUUACCAGUUCAGCCGCCGUGGAUUUGAAUGCUUCCCUGGACCCUGUGCACGUUGUUGUGAAAAUAGACAACGAUUCUGACGAGGAAAGUCUCAGGUAAAGUUCUGCAGUUAUUUGAGAGCCAUUGAAAGAGUAAAUUAAUCUUGAUCGAUGAUGGUUGGACCUUUUGGCAAGAUAUCAUGAAGCAUUUUCCUAAUGCACUCGCUUUGAUUGUUAACGUCGUCUCUCUAGUAUUCUCCGUUUAAUAUUCAUUUCUUUUCAUUUUUGUGGGGCAACAAAACGAUGGAGGAAAAAGAAAACUGUGUUCCCUUGAGUCUCCUAAAGGGAGUGACAUCUUGCGGGCACUGGCAUGAGACCAUUUUGAAAAAAAAAAAUUCCUCAGUAGAUUUGUCUUGGAGAAACAAGAGUAAAUAGAAAGAGAACAAGGACAGGAGGGGAAGGAGGGGUCAACAUAAAGUGCAAUUGAAAAACUUAUAGCCUCGGAGAAAAGUUAAGGAUACGUAAGCCGUUCGGAUUUAUUUUAAGUUCACAAUCACUGUGGCACAUAAAAGAGUUCUACCUGAUCUUUGAUAGCCUUCGCUUAAUCUUCCAAGCUUUAUUAGCCUUACUUUCAACCUACUAUGUAACUCAUGUCAUCAUAUUUACCAUGCAUGUAUCGGCUAUUGCAAGAAGAAUACCGUUUGAUUUCACCACUAGGUUGGAGAAACAGUCCAAUGCUUUUAAAUCCUUUGACUCAUCCCUUAAGUAUUGCGAAAGGAAUGAGCAAAGUCUUGAGGAGGAGUCGCUUCAGAAAUUUUCAGUUCCAGAGACUAGAAGGAAGGAGUUGGAAAAACAGUUGAACGAUAUUACGGUAAGUGGAGAGAAUGCAGGCAUCUACAGUGCAUAUCUCAAGCGUCUACAUUGAUGCUUAAGCACGUGGAAUGUUUCGUCAGACUUGUUCUUGACACUAUUUUUGACUCUCUUAUAUUGUUGUGACAUUAGAAAAAUCAACUUUCGUUCUUAAGAAUUGUUUUUGAAGAUCUCUGUAUACUUCAAGGCGGUUCGCCUCUUUUUUCAACUUUAUCUCGGUAUGGAGGACAGUACCCUCCCUUCUCACGAUAUACGUUUUCUGCCAUACUCGUAACACUGAAACUCGCCAACAUUAUUAUCCAACCCCGGACGGAAAUACUGUGGAUCUAUAAAAACUUUUAUUCGGAGGGUCUACUUUGCCUUUAGACAGCUUAGGAGUGGCCAGAGCAAUUUUGGUUCCUUUUUGCAAAACACUUACUACGAAUUCAAAUGUUCACAGGAAAGAGAAUUGGCGUAAAUCCAGCAUACUUUUCAGGCGUUUAUUUCGUUUCUUCUUGCCGAAACGUUUUCAAAAUUAAAAGAUUAUUUGCUUUUUUCAGAGAUUUGAGAGGGAUGUCGAGAAAUCAAGAUCUGAGUUUCAUUCACAAGUAGAUAAGUUUGAAAAGGCUAAAGAGGAAGACUUCUUCAAUGAUACUGACACUGAAAUCCUGGGCAAGAGAGUGGAGGAUCUGAAGAACCGCUGGGAUCAAUUGUGGGGGGAACACAUCAAUAAUAAGAAUCGGUAAGAGAUUCACUAUUUUUGUAAGAUAUUAAAAGCAUUGAGUUGUGAAUUAGGAUAAUAAAUUAAAACAAAACGGUUAACCCUCUCGAAUUUUUUCAACUCCGUCCUUUCUACCUUCUCUCCCUGAAAUAAUGUCUCACUUCCCUCGCUUGUUGCCAUAGAGGUUUGGUAGAAGAGUGAAUGGAUGCCUGUAGAGCUGUAUUCGUGAUUUUGAAAUUGUGGAUGAGUCAUAAUAGGUGUUUAUUUUUGGAGCGCGAUCCAUGUGGAGAAUUUGAGAGGUUACGACAUCACUUCCUUUAUACUCAUUAUUUGCAUGAGGUAAAGGUAGCUUCCUUUAGCAUGCUUUCUAUUUUUAAACGCUGCGUAAUCCUAUGUGUAUGUUGAUGAAAAUUGAUUACAAACUUGUAAUCACAGAGUUCGAGGUCUGCACCGAAAGUUUUUCCUCGUCCAUCUAAGCCCUAAGCAACCAACUUUAGCAUGCGUUGUAACUGAGAAAUAUGAUUUUAAAUUGUUUUAUUUUGUCAUCACUGCAUGUAGCAUUAUUAAAGCCACUCUGGACCUUAACGACAAGUCCUUACUGAAGAUGAGCAAGGAGUUUAACGAUAUCGAGAGGCAGAUAAAUAGACCUGAAAUGUACGAAGAUGAGCGGCUUUCGCUUGAAGAAAACAUCCUCAAACAGAAGGUUGGAGCUACAUAAUGAGUCGACUAUCAAUUAUGAGUCUGCUAUCAUCGUUCAGUUUGAUACAAGAUUUUACCAAAAUUAGUCAUUAGUUAUUGUGUGGCACUAAUAAGGCAAAAGUUGGCGGUAAUCCUUACAUAUGCGCUUUGUGUCCACAUUACUUGUGCUGCAAGUUAUUUUACCACAAAAAGGGGUAAAAACUUGGGUUUCUAAUAUGUGUUUGCCUGGCCGCAAUGCAAGUCUCAUGUUAGGUUAUAGUUCGUACAGCACUGUACCGUGAUCCAGAAAUUCACUCAAAGGAUACGAAUCCUUUUAAGGCCUUUAUCCUUGAUUAUUGAUUACUUUAAAGAAGUUACAUUUAUAUUACGUUUGUUUUUUAAAAUCAUUAACUUGUCUAGAAGCUAGAGGAGUAUAUUUUCUAUUCAACCAAAAUGGAAUAGAGAACUUUCAUGGAUAUAGAAAAUCAACAUCUUAAGUACUAGAAGUAAUUCAGAUGUAGCACCUCCUUGAAAUCUUAUUAUUAAAUCAUGGAUGUGACACCAAAUCCUUCGUAAUGAAUUAUGGGAAACGCAACGUGACUAGAAAGAGAAAAGAUGAUUCGUGUUAUGGCAGUGAAAGGUUUCACAAGAAAGUAUACCACUACCUGAGAUUUUCCUGGAGUUUUUGAAGAAUCCCAAACCGGGGUACAUUUCUGUCUCGUAAGGAAUCCUUUACCUGGAGUUUCUCAUAUUCUGCGAUCGUUAAUUCACGUCUGUUAUCGCUUCAUAGAGAGAAUUCUUGUGACUAUCAUUAAGAUCCUACCAUUUAUCGGUGAUCUAAAAGAUAUCUGUUUUCCAACUUCAAUCUCUCUUUGUUAUUCUAUUCACUCAGCGGCUGAUAGAUGACAUAGGAUCAUAUGACAGUGAAAUCAUCGAGGUGAAUGUUUCAGCGCGUGGCUUACUGGAGAGAGGUUCUAUCGAGAAAGGAAAAUUUGAAGAAGUUCACAAGGAAACAGAUUCUCUUAGAGAAAAACAGAAACAACUAAAGAAAAUGUGCAGAGAGAAUGGAGAUAGGUAAAGCGUGAUGUUAUUGAAAAUUAUGAAUGUCAACUUAGGAGGAGCUGACCAAUAAAUAAUUGAAAUGUAUAAUAAUCAUCCUUUUUUGUUUAUAAGAGAACUCUCUUUCGCAAGGACUUCUACAACUACGUAUUUAUAUAUUUACAUAUUAAUACUGUUAGAUUGUUCGUAGUUACUACCGGUGUUCGUGCCUAUCUCUUUUUCUCUUCCCGUUACACUAACAGCAUUUUUGUGAGAUAUUCUGCUCCCUGCAGGCGAAUGUAAUUUGUUCCUUGCAGGUUACUUUUAUCAGAAAGAGUCUCAUAAUACUAGAUUUUUUCUUCUCUAGACUGGCAACGGAUCUUCUUGAUUUUAAUCAGCGGAACAAUAAAUCUCCUGUAGCAGUGGAAGAAGAAACAAUUCAGAUCAGCGAUGAUUACAGCAUGCUUGCUGCAUCUCUUGAUGACUUACUCGCAGAUGAUAUUUCAGACGAGGGAUUCGCGGAACUGGACUCCCCUAGGGUAACGAGUUAAUCAAAUCGUAAAUUAUCCCUUGAGAUCUAUCCUUUUAAAAAAGUUCAAAACAGACUACUUUUCCUGUGAUCCAGGGUUUAACUGUAUUGUGUUCGUGUCUGUUUUCAACCUUGAACUUGUUGCCAAAUGCCUUAAUACUAACCUAGAGUGCUGGCUUAACUCACGGGAGGCGGUCAAGCAAGCAUGUUUGUCUUAAUUGAUUCUCUGAUAAAAACUAAUAUUUUCCUUUAGCUCGCGAUUAAAAUGCAUUUUGAUAGGCAGAGAGUUCCUUUUUAUAGUUAUUGGCGUUGUGCGCUACUGUAUGGCUGAAUUUGACGUAAAUAUUUUUGCCUUUUACAGUCAGUCCUAGAGACAAAGAUGAGAGAUUUUGAUGGACAAGUUCAGUCCAUGAACCAGUGGAUAAAUGACUCUGAGAAGUUGGUAAAUUCACUUCAUGUGGGAAUGGAUCCUGAUGAAGUUUCAAAGAGGAUCCAGGAAAUUAAGGUGGGUUUAAAGAGAAAUUUUCAACUUAGUGUCGAAAGUUAUUUAGUAUUUCAUUCAUCAUUUUUGUUUUCUUGUCAAAAAGUGUCCCUUUUUUAUGUGAAAAGAAAAGGGAUAUACAUAAUAUAUAUUUCCAAAUUUGCACAGGUUUUGAAAACAGGUGUGUAUAUAUAUAUAUAUAUAUAUAUAUAUAUAUAUAUAUACAUAAAGAUAUAUAUAUAUAUAUAUAUAUAUAUAUAUUCUCCUCGAUUACUCAAUGCAUGCAUACACAGGCAUAUAUUUAUGCCUUAAGUUCUCAUCGGUUGCUUUUAAUGCGUAAUUCAAUUAGAACCAUGAGGAAAAAUAUUUGAUAUAAACAUUACCAUCGAACUGUGGAAAAGAUUCAGAAAAGCUUUCUAUUUAAGGGAAACGCAAAAUUUAAAUGGACAUCUGCCUUCUCAAACACUAUGCUGUAACACUCACUGCUUCCUCUGCCAUUCUUCAUUUUGGUCUUGGAAACACCGAUCACAAACCAAACUGGUGAUUGAUUGAAAGGGAGAGUCAGAGGGGCAAUAGAACGCCAUAAAGGGUAUUUUAAAGGAUUAUCGACUAUUUAUGUUCGGGAUUGUAGCUUGUCAGUCUUUGACUUAUCUUUGAAUUUAGCUCCGAUAAAUUCAUGUUUCUUUCUUUUUUGUAUGUUUGCUUUUUUCUCAAUUUUUUGUUGCUGUUGUUUUCCAGAUACGAUGUAGAGACAUCGAAAAAAAGGAGGCUAAGGUGAAAUACAUAAAUAAACUUGGCCAAGAGAUAACUGCUGAGUCCCUUGACACGACUCUUACCGAUGGUGUUGAGGAGAAGCUUGUAACACUGAACAAAAAAUGGCGUGACACAAGGGAGAUCUUAAGUGACUACCAUGACAAGGAUGAAGACGAACACUCAGAAUUUGGAAGUUGCUGUUGUUUUCAAAUGAUAAAGAAAGCGUUUCAGGCGUGUUUCUAUAGUUGAAUGGGAUUUGUCAGGAAACAUAUCUCUUAAAUAGAGAUGAAUUAUGCCUCUUGUUGUGUAAUUAUCACGUCGUCACCACAGCCUCACCCUACAAUUGUAACCAUACUUGCAUCUAUAUACCUUAAUGGACAGGAUGUCAGUUUGAGUAAAUAGAAGAGGACAGACUUAAAAUUUUAAACCCAGUAGUUGAUCAAGAAAGGUGUCGUUAGUCUUUCAGUUAAAGUUGGGGCAAGGAAAAGUUGAGUCCUCAUGACGAAUCGUAAUCAAGACCUUGGGAUUCCGCGCUCUCACUGAACAGAGAACGAUACAGUGAGUAAGACCAUUGCUAUUUUCUUAUUUGACGUACUUCCUGCGCAAUUCAAGGAUCAGCGGUGUCGAAAGCGCCAUGUAAGUGAAUAGAAAAACAACAAGUUUUGACUGAGUUCGAUAGUGGUCUUUGGUAUGUCGGUUUAUUGGUGCUCUUUCAUCUAUGAAUUACUCGCUUUCUUUUAAAAUUUUUAUAUCCCACAGUCACAUAUUUCCUUGCCUUGUCAAUAAUUAUUGUAGAGUCGCUGUAAUGUGAAAGCGGAGGAUAAGGAGGGCACACAGCAACGAAAGAAAGCAACUCGACUUUUUCUAGGCCUCUCUCAAGGCAUCGUCAAUGGAUUUUUACCUUGAAAUAAAGUUUCGAACUAUGUUUUCCAGCUACACAAUAACGUCCGAGAUACCAACGGGAAAGACCCAUCUCUCCGUUGUACUAAAUGAGCAUCAUUGAGUAACCUCUUUUACUUCGUUAUAAAACCGCUAGGAAGUAAGCUCUGUCUACUAUACAGGGCUCUUUAAGGGCUGGCGUGCAAGAACCGCAGGCUCUGUAAUGCAUAUUGAUUGACUGACCCCAUAUAUUUCAACGCAAAGUUUAUUACUAAGUAACUACCCUAAUCUUUGCCACCCAUAGCGACGCGCUUGUUAUCCCAGUCAUUGAUCUGCAGUGUCUUAAACAUAAAGUGAGUGACAUCAGCCCGUGAAACUAUCCAGCCUGACCUUGUUACAGACAUUCCUUCGGCUACCACGUAAUCAGUUCCGGUAAAAGGACCUAAAGAACAAAAAUUAAAUUUGUCUUUAAUCUAAGAGUUUUGAUUAGAGUGUAAUCUUUGCUAAAAUGGACAU